AACGAGUGUUCGUUGGUCAGUAAUCGCCAUUUUCUUAGUCUUAUGUACAAACUUUUCUCUUGAAAUAAUACGAGAACGUUACGACGAUAACAACAACAACAACGACGAGGACGGAACAACGUGUAAGCGACACGACGGAGUUUUCAACGAGCGCGAUGAAUCAAUCACGAAAUUUCACGUCGUUGUUGAAUCCGAGUUAUUUGCAGAAUGCGCAGCAAAACGCUGCAACUGCUAACGCGGCUGCUGCUGCAGCAGCCGCAGCUGCUGCGGUGAGUGCAGCGAUCGCAAACGGAACACCUCUCAACGCGAAUAACAAUUCUACGACGCAAAGCAGAAAGCGCGAAGCUGAGAGCGAUGUUAAGCAGGAGAAAGAAACGAAAGAGGAACGUAGGAAGAGGAGGAAAACUAGAUGGGGUGGUAGUGAACAUGACAAAACCUUUAUACCCGGGAUGCCUACAGUUCUACCCACUAAUCUGACCCCCGAACAGGAGAAAGCUUAUCUCUUUCAGCUGCAAAUUGAGGAAAUCAGCAGGAAGCUACGUACUGGAGACCUUGGAAUACCGCUUAAUCCUGAGGAAAGGUCUCCAUCACCAGAGCCAAUAUACAGUAGUGAUGGUAAACGGUUAAAUACAAGAGAAUAUCGUACAAGACGUAAAUUGGAAGAAGAACGACACAAUCUCAUACAGAAGAUUCUCAAAAUAAAUCCAGAAUUUAAGCCACCGCCAGAUUACAAGCCUCCGAUAAUACGUGUCCAUGAUAAAGUAAUGAUUCCACAAGAAGAACAUCCAGACAUAAACUUUGUUGGUUUACUUAUUGGACCACGUGGAAAUACUUUGAAAUCAAUGGAAAAGGAGACUGGCGCAAAAAUUAUUAUUCGCGGUAAAGGUUCUGUAAAAGAAGGCAAAGUAGGUAGAAAAGAUGGACAACCUUUACCUGGAGAAGAUGAACCAUUGCAUGCUUAUAUAACUGCAAAUAAUUUAGAUGCCGUAAAGAAGGCUGUUGAAAGAAUCCACGAAAUCAUAAGACAAGGUGUAGAAGUUCCUGAAGGUCAAAAUGAUUUACGACGUAAUCAAUUAAGAGAGCUAGCAUUACUUAAUGGAACACUGCGCGAAAACGAUGGUCCUCGAUGUACGAAUUGUGGAGCAUCCGAUCACAAAUCAUGGCUUUGUCCGGACAAACCAAAUGUUACCAAUAAUAUAGUAUGUUCAAGUUGUGGAGGAGCUGGGCACAUCGCACGAGACUGUAGAUCUAAACGCCCUGGCCAAGGCGGUCCAGCAGCUGCGGGAAUGGGAGGAAUGGGACCUGGUGGAGAUAAGGCAAAGAUAGACGAAGAAUAUAUGUCUCUUAUGGCAGAAUUGGGCGAGGGUCCUCCACCGGAUAGAUCGAAAUCUGGUCAAACUAGACAACCUGCACCAAAUCCAAGUUAUCCUGGACUUUUCGAUAGACAACAGGCACCUCGCGCCUUGAUGGCCGCUCCGGCACAUCCGCCGCCUCAAAUGAUGCAAGGUGGACCUAUGAUGCCACCACCGGGCAUGGCUCCGCCACCGUGGAGUCAAGGCGACGUCAAUAACAUGAAUGGCAUGAACAUGCAAUGGCAACCACCGGUUAGUAUGCCACCACCGCCGGGUGUCAUGCAACCACCUCCGCCACCUCCCGGAUCUACCACUCAGCCAAAUAUCCCUCCCUUGAUGCCUUGGAUGGCUGGAAACAAUCAGCCACCUCCACCAGGACAGAUGCCACCAACGCAAAUUCCACCGCCUGGAAUGGGUAUUCCACCGUGGCAACAAGGGCAGCAAGGACCGAUGCGUCCACCCCCUCCAGGAACGGCACCACCUCCAGGAUUUCCAGGAUGGCAACCUCAACAAAUGGGUGGCUGGCCCCCGGCAGCUCCCGUUCCACCUCCGCCACAGCAGCAACAAACUCCUGCUCCACCGGGAAUCGAUCUGAACACGUUACCUACGUUAUUGGCUCAACCACCACCACCUCCGCCGCCCACUAGUUAGUGUGAAAAAUAAUUCUAUCGCACGAUUAAAUGUUUUUAAACCCUGUAGUAAGAUAAAUUAUACGAUUUUGUUACAUUGA